AUGCUGACUGGGAGACUCAAAUGUGACCGCCGACAACCAUCGUGCGGGACCUGCGCCCGUCGCGGGCUCUCGCUGUCCUGUCAAUACGUGGGAUCGAAUAAUCAGAAUACAACUCCUGCUCCUGCUACUAGUCACGACUCGGCAUCGUUGAAUAUCAUGCAAGAGCGGAUCAGCCAGUUGGAGACGCUGGUGAUGUCCUUGGCAGACAAGAGAGCCGCACAGGAGACCAGGGAGAGGUUUGACAUCGACAAUGCUGACAUUAGCCAUACCUACGGGCGUCUCAGUCUGGAAAACGAGGAGACGAGUUAUGUGGAAGCCUCGCAUUGGACGGCAAUUCUAGACGGGAUUGCAGAGCUGAAAGACCACUUUGAUCAUCCUGCAGAAAGAAAUCUUCCCCUAUCUGCUCCGGACAGAGAUACCCCCAUGCUGCUCUACGGAAAGAAUAAACACGCCUCGAGAGAGGAGAUCCUAGCAGCUGUCCCGCCAAAGGAAGACUCGGAUCGCAUGGUGAAGCGAUUUGCAGAAGCGACAUACCCGGCACGAGCGUUGAUCCAUCUUCCGACGUUUAUGAAGCAGUAUGAACGCUUUUGGUUGAAUCCAUCAGAAACGCCAAUCAUGUGGAUCGGUCUCUUUUUUUCAAUUCUCUGUCUAGGAGAUAUGUACCUCGAGUCUGACGCCAGAGACAACCUCGACGGGCUGUACUCCCCACCCCUGUUCACAAACACCACCAAUAAGUCCUUUUUGUACCGCGAGAAGACGGUUCAGUGUCUUGUCCUGGGAAAGUACACCAAAGCGGUCCCCUUUGUCAUUGAAACGCUGGGCAUCUACCUGCUCGGAGAGUCGAUCCAAUGCGAGGACACCGAGGUCGGCUUCUGGGUUCUCGUCGGCGUCAUUGUCCGCCUGGCCCAGCGCCAGGGCUAUCACCGCGACGCGUCUCGGUUCUUCCCGCGCAUCUCGCCCUUCCAUGCAGAGAUGCGACGGAGACUCUGGGCGAUCGUUUCCCAGCUGGACACGACCAUCUCGGCGCAGUGUGGUCUGCCCCGGAUGCUUCGUGAGGGUCAAUCGGACACGGCCGAGCCGCAUAAUCUUCUAGACGAGGAUCUCGACGAGUUUAUGACCGAGCUGCCACCCUCGAGGCCGGAUACGAUGCCCACGCUGAUCGGUGCAAUCGUCGCAAAGUGUCGCCUGGUCGCGGCCUUUGGCAAGAUCGCGGAUCUUAACCUGACCACCACCGACUCAGUGCCAUACGCCAAGAUCCAAGAGCUCGAUACCCUCCUCAACGAGACCUACCGGAACAUCCCAGACUGGCUACAGGUCCUUCCGAUGACCGCAUCGCCCACCGACUCGCCCUUGAUGAUCAUCAGCAGCAUCUUCAUGACUCUGAAUUUCCACAAGGCGCAAUGUGCCCUGCACCGGCGAUAUCUGCGAUGCACAAGCCCGGACAGCGAACUGCACGCCUACUCGCGAACCACAUGCAUCGACGCCGCGCUCACUAUCCUGCAGUGCCAGCAGACUCUCGACCGCGAGCUCCGGCCGGGUGGCUAUUUAUCAACUGUGAAGAUGCCUAUUUCGUCCGCAUUACAGACCGAGUUUCUCCACGCAGCCACGAUCCUAUGUCUCGUUCUGGAUGACCACUUGAACCGGAACGGCCAGGGCGACGAUGAUACACAAGAACUCGAGCUGAUGAACCGUAUUGUUCAAGCGUUGGAUCGCUCGUACUCCUUCUGGGUCUUAUCGAAGCAAUCUUCACGCGAGGCCCGAAAGGCUGCCGAAGCAUUACGGAUUGUUCUCACCAAGGCGGGACGGAUGAGGUUUGCUGACGAUACUGCUGGGGGGUUGAUUGAUGACGCCGUUAUUCCCGACUUCCCUGAUCUUUCUACAGCGGUACGUCCAACAUACACUCUUACUUCUGUGAGCAAGCUAACCGAUUGA